UAAUUAUACAAUAUUGUAAUUUUUUGAAUUUUGUUGUUGACGAUAGAGUAUUGUAUAAUAUAAUAUAAUGGAUGGCAAUAAUAAUAUUAUAUUGUUGUUUUCACUUUUCAUUCAAAUGCCAUUCAACUAAUCACUAAAUCGCCACUGCCCCCCUCUACCUUUGUUUCUCACCCAUCGUUCUUUUUAGGCGACUGAAAGUGCGAAUGGAUCCCAGCCUCCUUAGAUGCCAGUGGCGUCACAGGUUACGUAACGCCGAUUAAUAUUCAUUAACGAUUCUGUGAAAUUCGUUCGUUGCUGCAUAUGUCGUCGUCGUGAUCAUGGUAUUGGGCUUAUCGACUAGAUCUCUAAGUUUACUAUCGCGGUGUAGUGUCUUACCAAAUUGUUUGCGCCCGCAAUAAGUGUCUAGCAGCUGGCGCCAUGUCGAGAGAACUUUUAAUUGUAUUUGUUUACGACCCACGAUUCUGUACUACUGAAGCUGAUGAUCCACAAAAUUCUAUUUUAUAUUUUCAUCCCCCAUGGGUAAGCUCUUCGCAAAAGCUUGCUUUAAGUGGACAACUAAUGGGAAUUGUCAAGUUUUCAUCUUCAGUUUUCUCAUCUCCUUCAGUAUUAGCAUUACGUUCUGGAAAGUUUGCUAUUCGGCAAUUUGGUUCUUCAACACUGUGUGUUGGAACAGAUAGAAAUAUUCCAGACAGUGUUUUGCAAAAUCGUGCCAACACUUUAUACAAUAUUUUAGUUACAUUUCACUUUAAUAUAACUGAAAUCUUAGAUCAUAAAAUCCUCAGCGAACAGUUAAAUACAGUAAUUUCAUCAUAUCUUUCACUUCUACUAAUUUCUUCAAACAUGUUUGGUACCCCGGCAGUAUUUAAAUUUCCCAAGAGUGGAGGAAAUAUUCUUUUGGAAGCAAUGCAAAUACUUGAAAGUAUGCAAGAAAAAAACAAUGUUUUAGGUGGAAUGUUAUUACAUCAAAAUAAAAUUGUUGUUACUCAAUUUGGAUUUGAACUAACCAAAUUAAUCCAACUGACAAAUCCUUUCUGUAAUAAGAUACCAGCUGAAAAUGCAAAAGGAAGCUUUCAUUUACCAUUAGGUACUCAACUCUUAUACAUUUUCAUGGAUAGAGAAGAAGUAUUACAAAUAAGAAAAACAGCUACCUCACUGAAACAUUCCGUGAAAAAAACAUCAAAAUGGCGGCAAAAAAAUAAGAUGGCUGACAAGUCACAAGACUGUCCAAAAAAUGACAAAAACCCAGAAAAUAAAAAUAUGUUCACAGUCGAAGAAGAAGAUACCCCAGAUAGUAACAGUGGAUCAGUCUGUAGUAUGCCAGAUAUUGUGAAGGAAUCUAUUAUCAAAGCAGAAAAGAGAUUAGACAAAUCUAAUGCUGGAAAAUGUUCUUCUCUAGAAUCAUCUCUGAAUGAAAUGCCAAAUUUCUCAAAACUUGUUACUUUAAGAAAAGACACAACAAGGUAUCAGAGUCUUAGGUUGUUACCUAAAACAAUAAAUUAUGACAAUUCCAAACAUAGUGACAAAUAUAGAACAUUAUGCGACCCAUAUUUCCCAUUAUUGCGUGAUGACGACUAUGCAGUUUCAAAAGCCCUUUAUGAUAAACAACUAUCUCAACAUUAUACUGAUCUUGAUCUUAAAGUACAGAUUGAAAAAGAAAAAAUACUGAAAUCAAAAAAACCAGUUCGACCAACUUCCAUACCAUUGAAUUUACAAGCACUUGAUAGAAAACCUGCACUUAAAGAAGAUAUAAUGACACCUUUGAUGGCUAAACUUAGCAUGGCAGAAUCAUUUAAUUUUGCCACACCUACAGAGAGCAUUUGCAGAACUCCUACAGGUUUUCAACCACAAACUAAUACUGCCAGCCAUCAAAAACUGUUGUUAUUUGUGGCUGGCUCUCAAAAUACUUCAAUAAUGGUGCUAUUAGAAAAAGAAGCAGAAAAUGAUGCUGAGCUAAUUCAUCUAUUAUGGAAUUUAAGUUUUAACAAUCUUGGAGACUUAGAACACUCUAUAAAUAACACAAUCACAAAUGUCCCGGAUGCAUAUAAUUUACAAGGUACAGAUGAAACUUAUGGCUACAUGGUAAUGGACACAACCAAUGCUGGUAUGAUUGACAAGCAUGGUAACUGGUUAGGUUCACAAACAAUUUUAGCCACAUCUAUACACGAUACUUUCCAAAAAAAACCUUCGGUUCUCGAUAUCAUCAUCAGAAAUGAUGAUAAUAUUGUUUAUGGAAACAAAUGUGGCAGCCGAGAAUUGUUUUAUCAACAAAGUGGCAAUAUUGUAAGCGGUUUACCAACACCGUCAGAUAUAAUGGGUGUUGUGUCUACAACUGCAAAACGAAGACUUCAAAGAGACCAUGGUAUUAUUAUUCUAUAGAAUGAACAUAAUUAUUGACAUAAUCCACCGAUCUAUUUAUACAGUAUUAUGGUAAAAAAAUUAAUGCGUUUUUAGUUUGAUUUUAUAUUAUGUGUGUUUUUUAAUUUUAAUUUACUUAUAGCUAUGUUAAUAUUUAAUAUUAAAAAUCUUCACUUAUUCAGUUGAUACUCAACUCCAUGUUAACUAUUAAACAUUAAAUGUUCAAGAUUAACAGAAUUAAAAUAUAUGCAUAGAUAUACUUGUAAACUAUAAGUAAUAAUUUAAGAUUUAGGUACAUAUAUAUAUUAAAACUUUUAACUUAUAUUGAUGUAUCAUUUGAAAAUAUAUGUAUUAUUUACAUUUAUGAAUGUGAUCAGUGAAUUGGUAAACAAUAUAUUUUGAAUAUUGAUACAGAUAAUGUUAUUGAAGUUGAUCAUUUUCUCAUAACUUAACUCAUUAUAUCAUCUCAUAAUAAUAUCAUAUACAAAUAAGAUAUUGAUUAAGUUACAUUAUUACCAUAACAAACAGUGUAAAAUAAGCACAUUCAUAUUUUGCAGUAAAAAUAAUGAUCAAAAUUAAAACUCUUUGAACAAUAAACAAUUAUUUUGUACAAUUUAUUAUGUCACAUGCAAUUAUACAAACUAAGUCGAGAGUUUACGGUAUUCAUUAUACAAAAAAAAUAAUUAUUAAGUAUCUACCUAUUAUUAAAAAACAUUCAUGUAUGUAUUCUACAUUUAAAAAUGUAUUUAUGUUUUUUCACAAAAUAUUAAUGUAUUAAUAUAUAUUUAUUGUUUUAUUAUAUUUA